GGCUUCCCACGCGAAAAAAAAAAAGUAAACCGGCGUGGCAUCGCCUGCGCCACAUCAUCGCCGCUGCCGCGCGCAAUCGCUGCUCCGGCGUCUGGUCAGGCUCCGCCGCUCUCCCCGCGCCAUCGCACACCAGCGGUCGAGCGGAUAGCUGCUGCCUGUGCCUGGCUUCCCCAUACCGCCCCCGUUCGCCACGCCUCACUUACACUACACCGCCAGGCGGGUCCCGCCCGCGUAGGGUGGGCCCACCGCGCGUGGAGGGCAACCUGCUUUCCGGCGCGCGAAACCCAACCCACCACCCUCCGCGGCGCCGUCCCUCCCCUCCCUAAAACCUAGCAGCCGGCGGCCACUUCCGCUUCCCCCUCCCCCUGCAGCUUUCUCCGAAAAUCGCAAGAAGGCGUAACAAGGCGACGAGCUCAAGUGCACAUUAAUGAGGCGGACCAGGAGCCAGUCCGCCCGCGAGGGCAAACCCACGCCGGCCGGACCAAGCGCAGAGGUUGCGACUGCCGGGGCGAAUCGCCGGAGGGCUUCGCCAGCCGCGAAAGGGAAAUCGCCUGCCAAGGUGGAAAUGGGAUCACCAUUGAGGGAAACAUGCAAAAAUGGUAGAUCAAAGAUGAAGUCGAGUGAUGGUGCCAGUGUGAAAAGGUGCAGUGCUGGGAGUCGUGAAAAGAAUAGUUUGGAAGACCAAACAGAGGCAAUUGGUGACACUGAUGCAGCUGAAAUGGACUGGGAAGAGGGACAUGUCUUGGAACACGAGGAGGGUUAUUCCCACGAGCUUGGAGAGACGAUCACUGUUGAGUUCACUGAUGUACCUUCUUCCACUAACAAGAAGAGUGCUCGGCGGCCUACUGCUGAAGAAAAGGAGUUGGCUGAACUUGUGCACAAGGUCCAUUUGCUUUGCCUAAUUGCAAGGGGUAGGGUAGUUGACAAGGCUUGCAGCGAUCCUCUUAUUCAGGCGUCAAUGCUCUCUCUUGUACCGGACCACUUACUAUGGAAUGUUGUAGAUGUUCCAAAACUGAAAGCCGUUAACUUACAUAGUCUUGUGAGCUGGUUCCAUCGUACUUUCUGUGUAACCGCACAAUCCACUGACAGGGGAUCUUUUAAAUCAAAUUUGGCUUUCGCUCUUCAAGACCGCGUAGGUACUGCUGAAGAGGUUUGUGCACUUUCAGUGGCAUUGUUCAGGGCACUCAACUUAACAGCUAGGUUUGUUACGAAUCUGGAUGUUGCUGGACUCAAGCCCGAUACCAAAGUGAUGGGAACAUUCAACCAAGAUGCAGCUAGGCUUUGUACAAGGGCAUUACCAUCUAGUUCUCCAGUCGCUGACUGCAAUGUGGUUAGUUCUACACCUCUACUACAAGGUAAUACUGAAGAUAGUGUCGGCAUGACUGAACAAAGAGGUAAUCUGGGAAAAUCGAAACGAACCUCAGCAUGCCAAAGAAGUUUAUGUAAAAGUUUGUCAAGCGUAAAAGCAGAUCAUGGAAGUACUUGUGCUUCAGCAUCAGAACACAAAUCAACGAGCAGCCAAUUUCCUUACACUUCCAAUAAUGCUGAAGUACCAAAAAGAAUAGGGGAUGUGGAAUUUGAGUUGCAACUGGAAAUGGCUCUUUCAGCUACUGCUACCGAGACUAAAAAUAAUAAACUAGCUACUCAUGUGAGUCAGUCCACCGGUAGCUUACACAAUUCUAUUCCACCAUUGAAGAAAUUGCGUAAAAAUGCAGAAGCUUCAAACAGCUCAAGUGCAGUUUGGUCAAGAAAUGGAGCUCCGUUAUAUUGGGCUGAGAUAUACUGCGGUGGGCAAGCAUCAACAGGAAGCUGGGUGCAUGUUGAUGUUGUAAAUGAUCUCAUUGAUGGUGAACGAAAUGUAGAAGCUUCUUCUGCUGUUUGCAAGAAGCCUUUAAGAUAUGUUGUUGCUUUUGCUGGAAAUGGAGCCAAGGAUGUAACAAGAAGGUAUUGUUUGCAGUGGCACAGAAUUGUACAGGGGAGAGUGAAUCAGCAGUGGUGGGAUGAUGUUUUGGCACCACUAAUGCAGAUGGAAUUGGCCGCAACAAACGAUUCUGAAGACAUGGAACUUCAAACAAGAGACCUAACAGAGCCCCUUCCUACCAGUCAACAGGCCUACAAAGACCAUCACCUAUAUGCUCUUGAGAAGUGGCUUCACAAGAACCAAGUUCUGCACCCCAAAGAUCCAGUUCUUGGCUUCUGUAAAGGGCAUCCUGUUUAUCCUAGAUCUUGUGUUCAAACACUGCAAUCAAGACAUGGAUGGUUGCGGGAGGGCCUGCAAGUCAGAGAAAACGAGUUGCCUGCAAAGGUUGUGACACGCCCAAAGAGGACUUUUAAUGCUCAGUCACUUCAAUCAAGUGCUAAUGAAGAUGAUCUUAAGCCAACCUUGGAACUAUACGGUGAAUGGCAACUGGAACCGCUGCAACUUCCUCAUGCUGUAAAUGGCAUUGUGCCAAAGAAUGAACGGGGACAAGUUGACGUAUGGUCAGAGAAGUGCCUUCCACCUGGAACAGUACACUUGAGGUUACCAAGAUUAUUCCAGGUCACAAAGAGACUUGGCAUCGAUUAUGCUCCUGCCAUGGUUGGAUUCGAUUAUCGAAGUGGUCGGUGCCUUCCAAUUUUUGAUGGAAUUGUUGUCUGUACAGAAUUCAAAAGUACUAUCCUUGAGGCAUAUGCAGAAGAAGAGGAACAGAGACAGGCAGAGGAGAGGAAGCAGGAGGAAGCUCAGGCACUUUCCAGGUGGUACCAGUUGCUCUGUUCCAUUGUAACAAGACAGCGGUUGAAUGACUCCUACAAAACACCUUCACAAGGGCUUGCUCGGGAAGGAUCACCCAAAAAUGCUAACACCCAGAAAAACGCCCUCAGCAGUCAACGCUCGGAAACAGAGACUCGUACAGGCAAACCACAGACAGAUCAGGUGCCGAAUCCUUGUCUUUAUGCUCCUGGCCAUGAGCAUGAGUUUCCGGAGGAAGACCAGAUCUUUGACGAGGAGACAUUUGUGCGAACAAAACGCUGUCCUUGUGGUUUUUCUAUGCAAGUAGAGGAGUUGUAACUUCGAUAACAGAAUUACACCUAGUUUCUAACUGUGUUGCAUGUCGCGUCUCUUUUUGGUUCGAUAGAAAAUGGAAACCUCAUAGGUAACUUUGUAGCAGCAGUGUUGUCUACGAAGCUUGCAGUUCCUACCAUGCAGUUUAUUAUGGAUUGUCUACAAGAUGCAAGAGUAAGAGUGAGACUUGCACGUCCAGAUAUCUCCACCGCUGUAUGGCUCAGCUCUGCCUUGAAUUAGUUCACAUUGAGUUUGCAUGA